GGUGUUGACAGUCACGACCAGUUACGCCUGCAAAGGUACGUAGUCAUGCGACCGAAGAAAUACUACAAGACUGUUUUCUACGGGCUUCUCGACAUAGCUGUUAUUAACGCUUUUAUCACCCACCGUGAGUACGCGAAGUCGGUGGGGGGAAAACCUCUUUCACACGCGGAUUUUCUCAUUCAGCUACACGAGGAGCUACUCGCU